AUGAGUUACUUUGGAUUCACAGAAAUUACUGAUAAAUCUAAGUGUCUGGAGGCAGACAGAAUGAAUAAUGAGAAGCUUAAGGGAAGAUUUAAGCUAAAGAUCAAGAAGAGUCUUCCCGAGCCAAUGAGAAUAGCUUAGUUUGCCAAUGAAGAUGUAGCUUUUCAUUUACACAAGAGAAGAGAUUUCUUUAGAAGGCUUGAAGGGAGUAAUGAUCCGGAUAUAGGUGCUAAAACAAAUGAAAAACUAAUAGCAAAAAUAAGAAAACGACUAGAGGAUCACAAAUAACAACUCGAGAGACAAAAGUGGGAGAAACAAUUUGGUAAAAACUGGAAAAAUCAAGUCUCUUAGAAUUAGAGCUAGUAACAGGGCCAGAAUAGUCCCCCGUUACUUAAAAGUAGUUCAAGCAAUAAUAAAUUACACAAUCAAAGUGUAUCAAGCUAUGCUAAUGAGAGUUCUAAUAAGAGAGUAAUUCUUCCAACUAUAAAUGGAUCAUUUGAUUUGAGUCGAAAUAAUCUAUCGGUUUCUUCGAUGUCAAUGUCAAGUAUGUCAAAGAAGAAGGAUUUGCAUGUCUCAUUCGAUGAAAAUAUGGCCAUUCUCAAUCAAAGAUCUUCAAUAUAACUUAAGCCAACAGAAAUACUAUUGAAUGAGCCUGAAAUCAUUGAAUCUAAGAGUAUUAAUUCUACUAAUAGCAAAUAAAAAACUAUUUUCGACAAAAAUAUUAAAAAUCAUCAAAGAAGAAAUUAAUCUUAGAUUUCAUCCAACCCGUUUAUGGUUACAAUGUUCAAUAAUAAAAAAUUAUCUUAGAGUUCUUCUAUAGAACAUCAAACAGACUUGCACAAUCAGAGUACCUCCUCUAUAUAACAGUUAAAUGACGAUUAGAUAUACAUCUAGGAUAACCCUUACUAGGAAUAGCGUAGAUAAAACCCUAAGUUAUUAAUUAAUUAGCCUUCUUCAGAACAUUAAAAUGUCAACUCAAGCGCAUAAACAAAAUUCAUUAGCAAUAUAAAGAAAAUGCUGACUAGGUAAUUCACAUCAUCAGUUGAAAGACUGCAAGAAAGUGAGCAGGAAGUGCAAAGAAGAAUUAUUAGGAGAAAACUAUUGAAAAUUUAAAAGGCUUGUGUGGAGCAAAAUAGUGACACAGAGCAGAAUCUAGAGAAAAUUAAUAAGAGUCUAGAUAGGGAAACAAAACUUAAAGACAAUGUAUCGUUUACAGUCAAAACUCUACAAGAGUUAGAUCAUGUAGAGCCUUAAGGUUUAGAUAUAUUGUUCGAAUAUAAAGUUAACGAUAUAAACUAUUAGAAGAAUGAAGCAAAUUAGAUAGCAAGAGAGUACCGAUUAAGAAAUCUUGAUCCUGCUAGAAACAUAAUCGAAAAAUUGGAAUUAGAGAAUGGAUCGAGAAAGAGGAGAUUCAAAUCUAUGAAAAAAAUAUGA